AUGUUGGCCGACAAAAUUGGAGGCAGAACAACCACGAGAAAAUCUACCAACAAUGGCGACGAAGCGAUCAAGCUCGUCAAGAAGCUCCCCCCGCACUCCACCCAGGCGGCCCCCUUCCUCACCCUCGAGGCCAGGGGACACAAAUCCGCCGUCAUCCAGGACGUCCCCGUGUCGAAGCCUCUGUCCCGAACCGAAGUCCUGGAGCUCCAGAUCGCGCUCGAGGCCAGCCAGGAGAUGCCGGCGACCUUGGUCCGAGCGCCCGACCUCAACUCCCUGCAAAGCUUCGUGGACAGGAUGAAGCACGUGGGUGACGUCAUGGGGGUCACCGUGACAAAGUACGGCGACCUGCACCUCCAGAUCUCGACAAGCCUGAUCACGCUAGGUGCCGAGUUCCGGAAGCUUAUGGUUUUGGGGGAGAGGGAGAGUCGGGCCGGGACGAGGCAGACUGAUAAGUCGAUCAGUUUGCACUGUCGGCUGCCCGUGCUUGAUCCCGGGUCGAACUGA